GGUGGGAAAGUAAGGGGUGGGAGGGAGAGAGAGAGAGAGAGGGACUCCAUACAUUUGUGCAGUUUUGUAACGUAAUGAGUGUAUUGCAUUUGAAGGGAAUGAUAAUGCAUGAAGAACGAUGAUUGGCAUCAAAUUGCAUACCAUAGGACCGAGAAGGUUACAUUGUUGCGGGUAUUAAGGAGGAUGGAUAAAGCUAGUAAAGCUUUGCGAAGGAGCAGUGUUUGUAUAAAAUCAAUGGGAAUGGGCCAUCGUGAUCUGAAUAUGGUAAUCUCAGAGCUUAAAGCCGUGCGAUCUACAGCAAAAGCCUUUAUUGUGGCGCAGAAUACAGCUGUUAUGGAAUUGAUGAAAUGGGCAUCUGGUGAUGAGAAUGAAGCAAUAAAAAAUACGUUCAUUUAUAUAGCAGAACUGAAUUCUUUGUGGACUGAAGUGCAGAAGGAAUUUUCAGAAAAUCUGAAGGAGUUUAGCCAUCAGUUUGAAAUGAUUCUGGAAGGUGAGCAGCAUAUGGAUCAAGUUAGAAAUCGGUUGAGUGUAUGUGAGAAUAAGGAGCAAAAAAUUAGAAAGGAAAUACAGAAAUCAGCAAGAAAGAGCACACCAGAAGAACUACAGCAGCUAGAAGCAAAGUUAGUGCAGGCUAAGCAAUCCAAAGAACUUGCACAAUAUGAAGCAAUGGAGUGCAUGAAAGAGAAAGAAGCAGUCAAGCUUAUUAGAAUAAAAGAAGGCAUGCUGAAGCUGUCAGAAUCAUAUUUAGAAUUGGCUCACAAAUGUCAUGUAAUAUUUGAGGCCCAGCGUGAUGUUGCCUCAGAAAUUCCAGAUGUGCAGGACCAAAAUAUUCAUGAAAUCACAUAUACUGGUAAUGAAGCAGCAAGGCAAUCUGUGACAAGAGCAAAGGAACAAGUGCAGCGAUACCAAAGACGUUCUUAUCAUUUACUGCCUCGUGCUCCACCAUUGAUGGAUGAUUGUGGUCCACCUCCUCCAUACUCACCAGUCCUUUCACAGGAAGUACACAGGCAUUCACAUGGUUCAGACCGUACUAACCUGCAUCAUAGAUCACAUACUGGUGGUUAUCCAGACAGAAGACUGACUGAUCAACGGUAUUCUGUUGGUUCAUUGAGUGGUACAGAUGUGCGAUGGAACCAGAACUAUGAAGAGGAGUUGGCUGGAGCUGUCAGCAGAUUCAGAAUUGGAGAAUGAUCUCUUAAAACUUUUUAAUGUGUUAUCUUGUAAAUGGCUUGUAUUUUAUAACAUAAGCCUCCAUUAAGUGACAGAAGAAGGGAAUUUUCUACUGUGUGUGUAAGACGUAUUGGAAAACUCAAAAUAAAGUUUCAGAAGAGUGGCUUUUGUGAUUAUAGGCUCAGUAUACUGGUAUACUAAAUGUUAUAUGCACAAAUUGCCCACUAUGUGUAUUGCUGAGCACAGGGAGGAUCAGUCUCUUCAUGUUGGCAGUGUGUGAGGUGGUUUAAUGGUUUGCUAAUUCCCUUGAAGCUUUACUACCUUUGUGUUAAAGUGUGAACAGAAUGAAAUUCUGCAGCACAGGUUGGUGAUAUGACAGGCAUGUGUAAAUGUAGUAUGGCACAACUUCUUUUGCACUAUGACAGUGGUAGUGCUAAUCAUACUGAUUAUUCACUUAUAAAAAUGUAUUUGAAAGCUUAGGUUCUUACAGGAGACAGACUGAAUACAAUAUCUUUGUUUACACAUGACAAAUCCAUUUUCUCAAUCAAUAUCUAUCUGUUUUGCCAAAUAUGUGUCACUCCUGUAGAGUAAAGAUAAGACAGAAAUAGUUAUUAAUCAGAUUUUUGAUGUUGGAUAAGGUCCAGUCCAUGUGGCAUUAUAGUAAUAUUGAUUGUAUGCAUAUGUUGCUUGAACAGUGAAUGUAACGUACCACACUUCUAAUUAAAUACCCUGAGAAAAAUUAUCUUUGUUAUCAUUUCAGGAAACAGGCAAUAUUUCUGAGAGAAAUUGACCUUAUGUAAUGCAACAUAAUAUUUUUCUACUUUAUCUAAAAGAAUCAUCAACUUACUAUACAACAGCACUGAUAAUUGUAAUUAGCAUUUUUUGGUGUGAGUUAACAGACCAGUAAUCUCAUAUUAUCAAAUGAGAUGGAGCAGUAGUGAUAUGUUGUACUGUAUUAAUUUGUCAACUGUCAGUAACAUUCUGUGGUCAUUAAUGAGAAGGAAUCGUCCAUUAUUGUCCUGGGCAAAGUGGUGGUUCUUACAGGAGACAGACUGAAUACAAUAUCUUUGUUUACACAUGACAAAUCCAUUUUCUCAAUAAAUAUCUAUCUGUUUUGCCAAAUAUGUGUCACUCCUGUAGAGUAAAGAUAAGACAGAAAUAAUUAUUAAUCAGAUUUUUGAUGUUGGAUAAGGUCCAGUCCAUGUGGCAUUAUAGUAAUAUUGAUUGUAUGCAUAUGUUGCUUGAACAGUGAAUGUAACGUACCACACUUCUAAUUAAAUACCCUGAGAAAAAUUA